AUGCAAUCACGCGGCGUUGAUGAAGACAAAACGAGUAUUCAUGAGCACCGCGAGGAUGGGAUAAACCUCUUGAGAAAAUUCAUGAAUUCAUCGGGGAUAUAUGAAGUUGCCGGGAAAACUCAUGGAUUCUGCGGGGAACAAAUGAAUUUCCCCGAGAAGAUUUUAGAGAAUUUAUCUGAAGAUAAAGAGCAUACUGUCACAGAAGAUAUCUCAUCAAAGAUUAAUGUUUAUUGUGACGACUCUAUUGAAAAAAUAUGUGGUGUUGAGCACUCAGGUCGAGUACGUGGUUUGGGUUUUGGGGUGUGUCCUACUCAUGUUUUUGGAAUGCGGAGACAUUUCACAAAUUUUAUUCAAGUUGGUAGCUUUAAUCAAAAGAAUGUUGAAGACUUACAAAAAAAAAAUGUAGAAAGUUUGGGAGAAAAGCCAAUUGGAUAUGAAGAGACCAAAGAACAACUUACUAAAACAAAAGAGCAACUUACACAAACCACUGAACAACUUACUAAAACAAAAGAGUAA